UGAUCCUUUUGAUGUAUUAUUUCUAAAAAAAGAUUAACCCAAUUUUCGGUUCCGCACCACCUCUUCCUCCCGUAAAUACAAUCUGGUCGGGACCUUCCACCCGAUCAGGGGAAUUUCUUCGAACAGCUGAUCUUCAGGACGGCCCAAAUCAUCGUCCACAAUGGGGUCGUCAAGGAGCAUGUUUUCGACAGCCAUCCUGGGAAAUAUACAGAAAUGAGUCAAAGUAAUAGAAUUUGAAAUAUGUGCUAAGCUACAGUAAGGCAGGCUGACCAAUGGAGAAGCUGCGAGAACUCAGUCACGCGGAGCUUCAAGCUCUACUGGACAACCAGGAGAAGUUGGAGUCACUGGUGCUGGAGUCUGAUGAGGUACAGUCCAUACAGCUGGAGAGGGAGAUGUGUUUGGCCUCCAACCGCAGUCUGGCAGAGAGAAACCUGGAGCUCCGGCCCAGGCUGGAGGAGGGGCGGGAGAGACUGGGAGAGAGAUACAGAGAGCUGAGGGAGUUGCAUGACCGCUACAGGGGCUGCUGCCAGGAAAGAGACAAUAAGCUCAGUCAGUUCUCUCCAGAGUUGGUCUUCUUGAAGCUGGAGGCAGAGGGCGCUACUGUUGAGACAGAGUCCGAGGCUCUGGCAGAUCAGUUUCUUGAGGGCCAGCUGGCUCUGGACUCUUUCCUUGACCAGUUCCACUCUAAGCGCUGCCUGGCUCACAGCAGAAGAGUGCGGAUAGAGAAACUGCAGGACAUCCUGCGCCAGAAAAGAGAAGGAGGGGGUGGCGCGACGCGUCCAGCGGAGAUGACAUCACAAUCACGCGCCUGUGAUCCGUUUUCCUGGAAACCGCAAGAAUCCCCACAGCUGCAACAGAAGCAGGAAGACUUUCAGCCAGCGACAGAAGUCUCGUUCCCCAGCUCUCAGCCAGGCCCCCCUCCGCCAGCACCCAGCUCUGGCCCCUUCCCAUCUCCCGCGCUCCCGUACCCCUCCUCCCCACAAAAAUCUCAAGCCCAAGGCCCCACUGCCCAAGGCCCCUUGCCCGCCGUUCCAUUCCCUGCCCAGGCCUGCCAAGGACCACCUUCUGUGGGCCCCGGAUUCAACACACGCCCAGGCUUCCCUCCCCAUCCAGGCCCAGGCCCUGGUUUUGGGCCUUCGGCCUGCCCUUACCCCGUUCAACAAGGUUUCCCAGUUCCCCCACCUCAGUUUGGUCAGUUUAACCCCAGUUACCCCUGUCCUUACCCCUCUCCUGGGUACUCUUACCCACCUAAUCCGAAUGUAGCGCCUCACCAGUCUCCUACUGCUCGGCCUGGCUGCUAUAGACCCAGCUAUGGCAUGCCACAGCCUUACUCCUAAGCAGAAUUUUACUUCAGCAGCAUUGUAUUGGGACUUUUGUGACAUAGCUAACAUGUGAAAACAUGUACUGUACACUCUCUUUAUGUAAUAGACUGAAAAUUCAACAUAAUGAAGAUUCGUGUGUAAACCAUUCUGUUGGCGAAGCCCUUUGUAUUUAAAACUCAUGUUAUUUAAUUGG